UUCUCUAUUGUUUAUUCGGUUUUCAUCAAUCGAACAUGUCGGUACCCAUGGCGGAGGAGGUGAAUUCACUGGUGGAGAUACCACGCGAGGAUUGGAUACAGCUGCGGGAACUCUAUGCCGACCGAAAUACGGAUCCACAUGGUUCCAUGUGCAUUAACAACUAUAUCAAUUGGGUGCAGCAAGAACCAGAACUGCCAGUCAGAGUAUUAUCGUUAAAUGGCGACUGGCAGCGAGAGGGAACAUUCCUAAUAACCGUUGAUAUGGGAACAAACCUGCAGCAUCUCUACUUCAACACAUUGAGCGAUGAUCUGAGCAGGGUGACAAAGGCCGUGGAGUGCCUGAAGCCCUCCAAUGAUGAGUAUCUGUUCUUUGGGUAUAGUUCUCGCUUUGAUUCUCUGGUCAGGAACAUUGGAAAGACAUGUACAGGUAUCACCAAAGAACUCAGUAUUGUGGACGUUGUUUGGUAUUAUGCCAGCAAGCAAGUUGUAUCCACCUUCACCGUCGAGGUCCCAAACGGCAUCAGACUGGAUAACUUGAGUAUUAAAGAUGCCGAAACGAUCAACGAAAUUUGGCCACAUCGUGCUGAUAAUUCUGUGAAAUUUGUCAGGAGAUUGAUACAAUUUAAUGUGAAUAUUGGGGCCUACGAUGAGACGGGAAAAUUGGUGGCCUGGUGCCUGAGAUUGCCCAUUGGUGCCUUGGGUUUGCUGCAAGUUCUCGAGUCCCAUAAGCGUCUGGGCCUGGGCAGCCUCAUGGUUCGCGCUCUGUCCAAAAAGAUCAACGAUUUGGGCGAUUCAGUUGUGGCUCCGGUGGUGCCACAAAAUACCGCCUCACGCAGCAUGUUUGAGAAACUCGGUUUCCAGCAAAUUGACACAGGCUAUUGGGCCGAGUAAAUAGAUCAGAGAUAAGGAAAAUAAAAUACCCCCAACCGAAACUCUUAUCUGAAUGGGCUGUACUCUAACCUAAAGUAUCAAACGUAAUUUUGCUUACAAUUAUAAUUUAAUCUAAUUAUUGUUUGAGUGCCUAAUAAAUGACGAGUCAGUUUUGUUA